GGCAAGCCGGGGGCUCUAGUGAACAGCGCAGCCGGACGGGAUCGCCGGCGGGCGGCGAGCGGAGGCGGCCCGGGCCCGGCGGUCUCCGAGAUGUCACGAUGGCUGUGGCCAUGGUCAAACUGUGUGAAAGAGCGGGUCUGCCGGUACUUGCUGCACCACUACUUGGGUCACUUCUUCCAGGAGCACCUCAGCCUGGAGCAGCUCAGUCUCGAUCUGUACAAGGGCAGCGUUGCCCUGCGGGAUAUUCACCUGGAGAUAUGGUCUGUGAACGAGCUGUUGGAGGCCAUGGAGUCGCCACUGGAGCUGGUGGAAGGCUUCGUGGGUUCCAUCGAGGUGGCUGUGCCCUGGGCUGCUCUGCUCACCGACCACUGCACCGUCAUGGUGUCCAGCCUCCAGCUCACCCUGCAGCCCCGCCGAGGCCCAGGCCCCGGGGCUGCUGACUCCCAGAGCUGGGCAUCGUGCAUGACCACGAGCCUGCAGCUUGCACAGGAGUGCCUGCGGGACGGGCUGCCAGAGCCCUCUGAGCCGCCGCAGCCCCUGGAGGGCCUGGAGAUGUUCGCGCAAACCAUCGAGACCGUGCUGCGGAGAAUCAAGGUGACCUUCCUGGACACUGUUGUGAGAGUGGAGCACUCGACGGGGGACGGACAGCCAGGCGUGGCAGUAGAAGUCCACGUGCAAAGAUUGGAGUACUGUGACGAGGCCGUGCGGGACCCAAACCAGGUGCCCCCCGUGGACGUGCACCAGCCCCCCGCCUUCCUGCACAAGCUGCUGCAGCUGGCGGGCGUCCGCCUGCACUUUGAAGAGCUCUCCCCACAGGAUUCCCAAGAGGAACACCGCGAAGAGCACCGCGAGCCGCCCUUGCAGAUCGGCAGCUGUUCGGGGUACAUGGAGUUGACCGUGAAAUUGAAACAAAAUGAGGCCUUCCCAGGCCCUAAGCUGGAGGUGGCUGGGCAGCUGGGCUCCCUGCACCUGCUCGUGACCCCCCGGCAGCUCCAGCAGCUUCAGGAACUGCUCGGUGCCAUGAGCCUUGCAGAUCCCGAGGGCCUGGCCGACAAGCUGAACAAGAGCCGCCCACUGGGUGCUGAAGACCUGUGGCUGAUCGAGCAGGACCUGAACCAGCAGCUGCAGGCGGGCGCCGUGGCCGAGCCCCUCAGCCCAGACCCCCUUCUCAACCCCUCUGUCAACCUGGACAGCACUGACCUCUUCUUCUCCAUGGCGGGCCUCACGAGCAGUGUGACCUCGGCUGUCUCCGAGCUCUCCCUGUGCGACGUGGACCUGGGCUCCUCCCUGCACAGCGACACGGCUGCCCGCCGGCUUCCUGCCCAGGGCCACCCCAUCGGCAAGACGGCCCCCACACCCCUCCCGGACACCCUGCGCCCUGACUCGCUGCUGAAGAUGACCUUGGGGGGCGUGACCCUGACCUUGCUUCAGACGUCUGCCCCGUCUUCCGGACCACCCGACCUCACCACUCACUUUUUUGCCGAGUUUGACACCACCAAGGACGGGCCCUUCGGCUCCCGCGACUUCUGCCAUCUCCGACCGCGCUUCCAGAGGGCCUGUCCCUGUAGCAACGUCCGGCUCACGGGCACAGCUGUGCAGCUGGCAUGGGAGCUGCGGACAGGCCGGGGCCGGCGCACCACGUGCACGGACGUGCGCUGCGGGCAGCUGGAGGUGCUGGAGUGUCUGUGGCCCCGCGGCGCUUCGGAGCCUGAGUACACGGAGAUCCUGAGCUUCCCCGGCAGCGCGGGCUCCCAGGCCUCGUCUCGGCCCUGCGCCCACCUGCGCCACACUCAGACGCUGCGCCGGGUGCCCAAGAGCCGGCCCCGGCGCACAGCUACUUGCCAUUGCCACUCAGAGCUGGCCUUGGACUUGGCCGACUUCCAGGCGGACGUGGAGCUGGGGGCCCUGGACCGGCUCACUGCCCUGCUGCGCCAGGCCACCGUCCCCCCUCCCGAGCCGCCUGCUGGCCUGAUGACAGAGCCCCCGCCAGCUGCCGAGCAGCAGACAGUGGUGCGGCUCUCGGCACCCCGGGCCAUGCUGCGGCUGCACUUCCCCAUCGCCGACCUCCGACCGGAGCGGGACCCCUGGGGGGGCCGGGCUGUCCGGGCUGAGCAGCUGAGGUUGGAGCUGAGUGAGCCCCAGUUCCGGUCCGAGCUGAGCAGCGGGCCCGGCCCCCCAGCCCCCACCCGCCUGGAGCUCACCUGUGUUGACCUGCAUGGCACCUACGAGGACGGGCAGAAGCCGCCUGUGCCCUGCCUGCGUGUCUCCAAAGCCCUAGAUCCCAGGAGCCCCGGGAGAAAAUACUUCCUGCCUCAGGUAGUGGUGACCCUGAACCCCCAGCUCAGCAGCACUCAGUGGGAGGUGGGCUCGGAGAGGAAGGAGGAGCUGGAGCUGUCGGCCGAGAGCCCGUGCGAGCUGCGGGAGCCGGAGCCCUCGCCCUUCUCCUCCAAGAGGACCAUGUACGAGACUGAGGAGAUGGUGAUCCCUGGGGACCCUGAGGAGAUGAGGAGCUUCCAGAGCCGGGCCCUGGCACUGUCCCGCUGCAGCCUGGAGGUGGUCUUGCCCAGCGCCCACAUCUUCCUGCCCAGCAAGGAGGUCUACGAGAGCAUCUACAACAGGAUCAACAACGACCUGCUCAUGUGGGAGCCCGCGGGCCUGCUACCCCCUGCUGCCCCUGCCCCCGCGCACCCUGGCUUCCGGGGCCCCUCAGGCUUCUGGCACGACCACUUCAAGAUGUGCAAGUCAGCCUUCAAGCUGGACUCGGACUCUGACGAAGAGGAUGCCCAUUUCUUCUCAGUGGGGGCCUCAGCCCCCCAGCCCCCUGCCCACGAGUCCCCGAGCCCUCACUGCCAGAGCACCUUCUCCACGCUGGUGACGGUGGUGAAGGGUCGCGUCACCGCCCUCUGUGAGACCAAGGAUGAGGCUCAGAAGCCGCUGGAGGCCGAGCACGGGGAGCUGGUGCUGGACGUGGAGCAGGGCACCGUCUUCAGCGUCUCCCAGUACCGUGGCCAGCCGGGGCUCGGCUACUUCUGCCUGGAAGCGGAAAAGGCGACACUUUACCACCGAGCGGCCGUGGAUGACUACCAGCUGCCCAGUCGCCUGGAGCUGCCCAGCUUCGCUCCUCCAGCCCGGCUGGCCCCGACCAUCUACCCAUCAGAGGAGGGGGUGAUCGAGCGGGGAGCCUCAGGCCAAAAGGGCCAGGGUCGGGUCUCCAACAUGCUGUCCACUGCUGUGCGCAUCCACCUGGACCCCCAUAAGAAUGUCAAGGAGUUCCUGGUGACGCUGCGGCUGCACAGAGCCACCCUGCGCCACUGCGUGGCCCUGCCGGGGCAGAGCUGGCAUGCCCAGCUCCUGGAGUUUUUAGAUGUGCUGGAUGACCCUGUGCUGGGCUACCUGCCCCCCACGGUCAUCACCGUCCUCCACACGCACCUGUUCUCCUGCGCCGUGGACUACAGGCCACUCUACCUCCCUGUGCGUGUCCUCAUCACCGCCGAGACCUUCACCCUGUCCAGCAACAUCAUCAUGGACACCUCCACCUUCCUGCUCAGGUUCAUCCUGGACGACUCGGCCUUGUACCUGUCGGACAAGUGUGAGGCGGAGACGCUGGACCUGCGGCGAGAUUACGUCUGUGUCUUGGAUGUUGACCUCCUGGAGCUGGUGAUCAAAACCUGGAAGGGAAGCGCUGAGGGCAAGCUGAGCCAGCCGCUGUUUGAGCUGCGCUGCUCCAACAACGUGGUGCACGUGCACAGCUGCGCAGACUCCUGCGCCCUGCUGGUCAACCUGCUGCAGUACGUACUGGGUGCGGGCGACCUGCACCCCCCACCCCGGCCCCCCAGCCCCACGGAGAUCGCCGGCCAGAAGGUACAGCUCUCCGAGAGCCCAGCCUCCCUGCCCUCCUGCCCGCCCGUGGAGACAGCCCUCAUCAACCAGCGGGACCUGGCCGAUGCCCUCCUGGACACAGAGCGGAGCCUGCGGGAGCUGGCCCAGCCUUCAGGUGGCUCCCUCCCUCAGGCCUCGCCCGUUUCCGUCUACCUGUUCCCAGACGAGCGGAGUGGGGCCCAGCCCCCAUCAUCCCCCGAUGGGGCCCCCACUGGCAACUUGGGGUCCUGCUUAGAGACCAAGGAAGAUGAAAAGGAAGAGGAGGGGGAUGGAGACACGCUGGACAGUGACGAGUUCUGCAUCUUGGACGCGCCUGGCCUGGGCAUCCCGCCCCGGGACGGGGAGCCCGUGGUGACGCAGCUGCACCCCGGCCCCAUCAUCGUGCAGGACGGGCACUUCUCCAGGCCCCUGGGCAGCACGGACCUGCUGCGGGCGCCCGCCCACUUCCCGGUGCCCAGCAGUCGGGUGGUGCUGCGGGAGGUGUCCCUCGUCUGGCACCUCUAUGGGGGCCGGGACUUUGGGUCCCACCCUGGGCACAGGGCCAGAGCGGGCCUCCCAGGCCACCAGGGCUCUCCUUCCCGCUCCUCCGGCGGCAAGCGGCCCCAGAACUCCUGGCGAGCACAGGGCGGCAGCGGACGGCAGCACCGAGUCCUCAUGGAGAUCCAGCUGAGCAAGGUGCGCGCGGGGAGGGGGGAUGGGGACACCCCACCCCAGUGCCUGCCAGCCUCCCAGAUGCCAUUAAGUGUGGGCACAAGAGACGCACGUGGGGGGGCAGCUCAGCGCGAGGCGGCAGCGCCAGGCCAGCCCGCGGCUGGGUCCAGCUGCGCCGUCCUCGUGAGAGGCCCUGCGGGCCCAGAGGCCUGGCCGGGGCAGAGUAGAGGCUGCAAGUCGUCCCUGGCUGCUCGGAGGCUGGGAGGCGGCGGCCAGGGUCAGCCCCCAGGGCAGGCGGGGCCGUCCAGUUCUGGAGUCUUCCUGCUGGGAGAAGCGUGGCUCACCAUCAAAGCCCUGCACGUGGCCCCCACCAGCCACCCGGGCGGCCCCGAGUGCUGCCUCCGCGUCUCGCUCAUGCCGCUGCGGCUCAACGUGGACCAGGACGCCCUGCUCUUCCUCAGGGACUUCUUCACCAGCCUGGCCGCCGGCAUCAACCCCAUGGUCCCCGUGGACACCACGGAGGCUCGCCCUGAGCCCCACGUGCAAGAAGGGGAGACUGAGGGCCCAGGGGUGCCCGGCUCCCAGGAGGCCGCGGGCGGCGGCCACGGCUCCCCUGCCGAGCAGCAGCCGAUCUACUUCAGGGAGUUCCGCUUCACGUCCGAGGUGCCCAUCUGGCUGGACUACCACGGCAAGCACGUCACCAUGGACCAGGUGGGCACCUUCGCCGGCCUCCUCAUCGGCCUGGCCCAGCUCAACUGCUCGGAGCUGAAGCUCAAGCGGCUGUGCUGCCGGCAUGGGCUCCUGGGGGUGGACAAGGUGCUGGGCUAUGCCCUCAACGAGUGGCUGCAGGACAUCCGCAAGAACCAGCUGCCCGGCCUGCUGGGGGGCGUGGGGCCCAUGCACUCGGUGGUCCAGCUCUUCCAAGGGUUCCGGGACCUGCUGUGGCUGCCCAUCGAGCAGUACCGGAAGGACGGGCGCCUCAUGCGGGGGCUGCAGCGGGGGGCCGCCUCCUUCGGCUCGUCCACUGCCUCCGCCGCCCUGGAGCUCAGCAACCGGCUGGUGCAGGCCAUCCAGGUGAGGGGCCUCGCUCCUGGCUCUGUCUGCCACCCAGCGUGGCCUUCUGGGUCCAGAGAGGAGACGCCCAGCCGGUUGCUGGUGCCCAACCAGGUCCCCAAACCCGCGUCCCAGGGGCUCCCCUGCGGGAGGGUGUGUGCUGGCAUCCUGGACACGGCUCAGACCAUCUGCGACGUGGCGUCUCGCGGCCACGAGCAGAAGGGACUGACGGGCGCCGUGGGAGGCGUGAUCCGCCAGCUGCCCCCGACGGUGGUGAAGCCCCUCAUCCUCGCCACGGAGGCCACGUCCAGCCUGCUGGGCGGGAUGCGGAACCAGAUCCUGCCCGACGCGCACAAGGAGCACGCGCUCAAGUGGCGCUCGGACGAGCCGCAGGACUGAGCCCGGGACUGAGCCGCGGCCGCCGCCGCCGCCGCCGCCUCCUUUGCCUCUGCCUCCGCCUGGGGGGCUGCGGCGGCUCCCCUGCCUGGCCAGCCCGGUGCCGAUGGGCCGUGGCCUCCCCGCCUGGGCCUCGCACGACUCUGCACUUUUCCUCUGGGAGAAAGGACGCGCCGGUGCCCCGCGCACUGCUGCCUUGUCGGACAGAGGCGCUCGGACCCUCGGGCCAGGCCCCGCGGCCGGUCUUCCGGUGUCUCGGGAGGGUGCGGAGCGGCGCCCAGCGGCUGUGUAUCGUUUUUAAGCUCCUGAGCGUGUGGGUCAGUGUCUGCAUGACGUGGAAUAAACUGCCCA